AAAAAAAAAAAAAAAAAAGAUUUACUAUAUUGCAAUUAUUUUCUGACUUUCUUUCUUUUGAGUUACUAUAUAUCUUUCAAGAUAAACCUCUUGGUUAACCUUUCUUGUCAUCUCCUGUGGUGUUCUUUCAAGGUUAAAUUUGAGAAAAUGGAGUAGCGUAGAAUGUAGUAUGCAGCAGUUCACUACUACAAGUUUUAGGGGCCAUGCUAGUCAGGAUGUUGUUGCUUCCUUCAUUUUCUGGUAUUAGUUUUUAGAAGCCCCUCAUUAAUCCAUACUAUCUUUAAGGAUGUUAGUAACCUCAUCAUAUAGAAUUUCUGCAUUCUAAAGGAAACAUAAGCUUGUUUCAGUACACUCACGCUGUAGAUUAAUUCUGAUAUUACAUAUCUCCGUCAGACUUUGUACCCUCUCUCUUCUAUCCCUUACCCUUACCAAUUAGGUUGGUAUUACCUAAAAAUCCAUAGAAAAUGUCCAGGUGAAUUGCCUUAUGCUUUCUACCCCAUAAGGUAUAAUUCUAGACCAGAUUGGUUAUGAGAGGCUCUAUUCCAGUCUGCACCUGCUAAGAAUUUGAAUCUAUUUUAGUACCAAUCUUGGAGUUCUUGUUUGGCUCUACUCUUAGCCAACCCCACAGAGUCUAAAAUUGGAUCUGAAUCCAGUAUUUGCCAGCCAGUGACAGACAUAAACUAGGUUCUUUAUAAAUGUUUCAUGAAUUGACCUGCAUCCCUACAUUGAUUCAGGAUCUUAUUGUCCAUUGGGAAGGAAGAUUUACUUAGCUAGGAGUAACAAUUCCCAAAUUUGCCCUAGUUGCAAUAUUUUUUUACCAAGGGUACAUACAAGUCAGGUUCACUUCUGAAAGUAAGGAAACACAGGAUAGCAUUCACUUCAUGAUCAUAACACAGUCUGGGUAUACAUAUGUGUUUGUGUGUAUACGUUUAAAAAAAAAAGGUCAUUUAUAUUUGGUUUUGGAAUCAACUUUUGAAUUUGUCUAAACUUGUUAAGAAUUUACAAGUUCUAUUUAAAGAUAUCUGGGCCAGAAACCAGAACCACUUGUGUUUAAAUACUAUUGCUAUUCUGUACACAGCUCAAGGUUCUGGUAUUUUCUCUUAAGCAUUCCUCUUCUCCCCUUCCACCAAAAAAAAAAAAAAAAAAAAAGGAAUUGUGCCGAAUUAGUUGGUUUCUAUGGGGAUAUGGGGAUUAAGUUUCUACAAGAUUCAAGGCAGAAGAAAUAUACAUUUAUAUAUUAAAAGAUAAAAAAAUUAUUUGCUAACUCUUAGAAUUAUUUAAUGGCCCCAAACUUGGAUGAAACAUCAAUUUGCAGACACUCUUCAAAUAUCCAAUGCAGAAUUAUCACAGAGUGUAUGUUUUUUCAGUGCUACCAUUAGCUUGCUAUUGACAUUGAUUUUCUUUUACUCAUUUUUCACUCAAGAAAUUUUACUGCAGGAUAAAACUCCAGGAUAAAACUGUCAAGUGCCGGGCACGGUGGCUCACGCCUGUAAUCCCAGCACUGUGGGAGGCCGAGGCGGGCAGAUCACCUGAGGUCGGGAGUUUGAGACCAGCCUGACUAACAUGGAGAAACCCUGUCUCUGCUAAAAAUACAAAAUUAGCUGGGCAUCGCGGCACAUGCCUGUAAUCCCAACUACUAGGGAGGCUGAGGCAGGAGAAUCGCUUGAACCUGGGAGGCAGAGGUUGCGGUGUGGAAAUUAAAACAACACACAUAUUUUGACUGGGGCUUUGAUCAACUAAAUGCUAAAAAGCCACAUAAAGAAGAUCCCUAACAGUCAUUUCUCAACAAUUAUAUAGUCAACUGAUGUAACAAUGGUACUAAUAUUGGGACGCAGACUAAACAGAGAGGAUCUUGGGGUGCGUGAUUCCCCAGCAACUAAGCGUAAAGUUUUUGAAAUGGACCCCAAAUCUCUGACAGGUCAUGAGUUUUUUGACUUCUCUUCAGGAUCAUCCCAUGCCGAAAACAUACUCCAGAUAUUUAAUGAAUUUCGUGAUAGCCGCUUAUUCACAGAUGUUAUCAUUUGUGUGGAAGGAAAAGAAUUUCCUUGCCAUAGAGCUGUGCUCUCAGCCUGUAGCAGCUACUUCAGAGCUAUGUUUUGUAAUGACCACAGGGAAAGCCGAGAAAUGUUGGUUGAGAUCAAUGGUAUUUUAGCUGAAGCUAUGGAAUGUUUUUUGCAGUAUGUUUAUACUGGAAAGGUAAAGAUCACUACAGAGAAUGUACAGUAUCUCUUUGAGACAUCAAGCCUCUUUCAGAUUAGUGUUCUCCGUGAUGCAUGUGCCAAGUUCUUGGAGGAGCAACUUGAUCCUUGUAAUUGCUUAGGAAUCCAGCGCUUUGCUGAUACCCAUUCACUCAAAACACUCUUCACAAAGUGCAAAACUUUUGCGUUACAGACUUUUGAGGAUGUAUCCCAGCACGAAGAAUUUCUUGAGCUUGACAAAGAUGAACUUAUUGAUUAUAUUUGUAGCGAUGAACUUGUUAUUGGUAAAGAGGAGAUGGUUUUUGAAGCCGUCAUGCGUUGGGUCUAUCAUGCCGUUGAUCUGAGAAGACCACUGUUACAUGAGCUUCUGACACAUGUGAGACUCCCUCUGUUGCAUCCCAACUACUUUGUUCAAACAGUUGAAGUGGACCAAUUGAUCCAGAAUUCUCCUGAGUGUUAUCAGUUGUUGCAUGAAGCAAGACGGUACCACAUACUUGGGAAUGAAAUGAUGUCCCCAAGGACUAGGCCACGCAGGUCCACUGGCUAUUCUGAGGUGAUAGUUGUCGUUGGAGGAUGUGAGCGAGUUGGAGGAUUUAAUCUUCCAUACACUGAGUGCUACGAUCCUGUAACAGGAGAAUGGAAGUCUUUGGCUAAGCUUCCAGAAUUUACCAAAUCAGAGUAUGCAGUCUGUGCUCUAAGGAAUGACAUUCUUGUUUCAGGUGGAAGAAUCAACAGCCGUGAUGUCUGGAUUUAUAACUCACAGUUAAAUAUUUGGAUCAGAGUUGCCUCUCUCAAUAAAGGCAGAUGGCGUCACAAAAUGGCUGUCCUCCUUGGUAAAGUAUAUGUUGUCGGUGGCUAUGAUGGGCAAAACAGACUUAGCAGCGUAGAAUGUUAUGAUUCCUUUUCAAAUCGAUGGACUGAAGUUGCUCCCCUUAAGGAAGCCGUGAGUUCUCCUGCAGUGACUAGCUGUGUAGGCAAACUGUUUGUGAUUGGUGGAGGACCUGAUGAUAAUACUUGUUCUGAUAAGGUUCAAUCUUAUGAUCCAGAAACCAAUUCUUGGCUACUUCGUGCAGCUAUCCCAAUUGCCAAAAGGUGUAUAACAGCUGUAUCCCUAAACAACCUGAUCUAUGUUGCCGGUGGACUGACCAAGGCAAUAUACUGUUACGAUCCAGUUGAAGAUUACUGGAUGCACGUACAGAAUACAUUCAGCCGUCAGGAAAACUGUGGUAUGUCUGUGUGUAAUGGUAAAAUAUAUAUCCUGGGCGGAAGACGGGAAAAUGGAGAAGCCACAGACACUAUUCUCUGUUAUGAUCCUGCAACAAGUAUCAUCACAGGGGUAGCUGCAAUGCCCAGGCCAGUGUCCUAUCAUGGCUGUGUGACUAUUCAUAGAUACAAUGAGAAAUGCUUUAAACUCUGAAGACAGGAUACCUCACCGAAGAAGCCACACUGAUCCAAGAUGGGAGGUUUUAAAAACUCUAGAGUGGGAACUUCACAUAUCUCCUUUGUGCCAUAUGCAAAAAAUAGUAAAAAUAAUAAUUUGGUGCCUUUCUCCUCAAAAUAUCAAUCUUUCAAACUAUAAUAAAGCCUUUCCUAUAAUUGAAAAAAAAACUUUUUUGUUAAAGGUAAUGGUGGUUGUUACUUGGCCUUUGAAGAGUGUACCUUUGUAAGUAUUUGUAAGAAGUCUAUGUGAAUUAGGAAAUGUCUGUCUGCAUACCUUUUAGGAAUGUGUGAAUGGUGUCUUCACUUAUUAUGUAUGUUUAUCUGUAUGUAUAUUCCUUAUUUUGUCAUAUAUGUAGAGAAAAUUGCAUGACUUGAGGCAUCAUUUAGGUUGAAGAAGUUAAUGCUUAGAAUGCAUUCUAGGAGAAAAAAUCAGUUUUAAAAACCUUUGUUGUUAACAAAGUAUAUCCAGAUUGGUUAAUUUUAUUGAAGGGUUUUUUUCUGUAAUUGAUAAAAAUGUAAUGACAACAAUUCAGGUAUCAUAAAAUACUGAACUAUUGUGACUUUAUUCUUAGAAUUGCUGUCUUACAUUAAACAUGUUUUUAGGGGGAAGUUAGGUAGGAGAUAGAAAAAUAAGUGCCCCUACAAGGGGGAUUAAAAUUACAAGUUAAUUCCUAAGAGAAAAAUGGAAUGGCCUUUGAAGGAAAAAUGACCCACUAUGGCUCUCAAAGUUUUUAUGCAUUAUCUCUUCAAUCCUCUAAGAAAGCAUCUUUUCUUAACUUGAUAAAGCAGUUGAAACCCAUUUUGCAAUAUUGUUUUGUGAAAAACAGGGACAGCCAGCCAGGCACAGAGACUCACAUCUGUACUCCCAACUACUCAGCAGGCUGGGGCAGGAGGAUUGCUUGAGCCCAGGAGUUUGAGGCUGCAGUGAGCUAUGAACGCACACUGCACCCUAGCCUGGGCAACGGGGUGCGACACUGUCUCAAGAGAAAAGAAAAAGAAAAAUAGGGAUAGGUUUUCUUUCCUAGCCCAGUAGAGUUUGACCUCAUUAGUAUGGUGCUUUGGGUGAGGACCUCUUCCUUGAUUAUCCUACUUUCUAGUGAACAGCUAAAAUUCCUGAGAGUCUCUACUGUUAAGGUACCUUUAAUAGGAUAAAGCAGGGACCACCUAUCUCAGUGGGUCCAUUUUUCUUUUAAAAUUAGUUAUCUGAAAAAACUUAGCAGUAGUUCCCAUCUUUAAGGUAAGUCUUUCAUUUGGUCCCCAUUGUGUAAAAUACUAAUCAACAUUUUCAAGCUUCUAUACAACAGACUGCUUUUGUCUAGAUUUCUCAACUCCAUUUUAUAAAGCUUAUCAGUUUUCAGAGAGGAAUGUGAAUUUUUUUUCUAAUGCAAAUAGAUGGAUAUGGCAGGAACUACAGCAUAAGUGAUUAUUGUGAUUCUGGGUGGACAGAUAUAAUUUACAGCAUUUAGGGAUGUUCUAGGUAGCCUGCUGUAGUUUGACUUCCAGUCACUGUUGUCUUUCACAUUAUAAUUUGUAUAUUUCUUAUGAUAGAAGGGAUGAUGCAAAUAUGUAAUUAGAGUGUCACCAGAUUUCUGUUAAAACCAAGGUUGAAAUAAAAAGCCUAACAUUGGUAAGCUACAUUGUUUUCUCAUUUUAGAAUGAUUCAGAGAUUUCAAAUAGACAUUUUUUAAACUUUAAUGCUUAGCUAGAAUCUACAUUCUGAGGAAAACUCUAAAAAACUUAAAAAUUUUUAGGGAAUUUUUAUUUUUCAAAUCAUAAUUUUAAAAUGAUAGAUACCAUUCUGUGAUAACAGCAAUUCAGAAAACAAUUUUCUAUCCUCUUAGUUGAAAGAAUGUAGGUACAGUUUGGAUACUUGUACUUUAAUUUUAGAGUAAACAUCUGCAUUAUACUCUUAUAGAUAAUAGAAUUAUUUAGUUAAGAAAUUCUUUACAGUAAAUGAGAUAAUGUGUGAAAAAGUAUUUUGUAAAUGCUGAGGAUUCUACAAAUGAUAGUUGUUAUUUUCAUGUGUAUUUGUAAGAUCAUGUCCAUUUCAUGAAUAUAGGACUUCACAUAAAAAAAGACUUUCUCAAGAUAACUUUAUAUUCUAGUGUUUUUCUGUUGUAAAAAGUAUUAACUUUACUUUUAUUUUGUUAUACAUUUAUUUUAAUAUCCAUGUGUUUAUUAUAGUAAAUUUGAAAUGAAAUCCUGAAAAACAGAAUUUUUUUAAACACAGACCUCACACCAAUAUUUUUUCUCUACAUAAUUUAAAACUACAUAAAUUAAGUACUUAAAAUUUAUAUUGAAGGGCACCAAGAAUUUAGGUUGAAUCUUAGAAAAUUUAAAUAACUAUUUUUAAAGUUACCCAACUUAUAUUUUAAUUUUUUAAUAUUUAUCUUCCUUUACUAAUUCUUGAUAAAUAAUAGCGUUAGACUUGAUAAAAUAAAGAAAUUUUAGAGUAGAAUUAAUAAAAGGGAUAUAUCAACCAAAUUGGUGUCAGAUUGUAUUCAUUCUCUCAUCACAUAAAGAUUUUUUUUUUGAUAGGUGAUGCUCAUAUGAACCUUUGGUUUAGAAUCUAUAUAUGUACAUGUGUAUGUAUGUAGAUAGUAUGGUUGUAUACACACAUAUAUACCAAACACCAUAAAUUUUAGCAGUCUGUGAUGGUCAGCAAAAAAGCACAUAAAGUAAAAAUUAGUUGACCAUGCUAAAUUCAAUUCUGGAAGAUUUUUUUAUUUGGGCAUUUCUAGAACUUUUUACAUUUGAAAGUACAUGAUGAGUAUUAGUAACGAUGACUUAUGUAUAAUCAGAAUCUUUAUGACAAUUUAGUUUUACAAGGUCAGAAGAGAUGAGUUUGCUAAACCCAGCUGUGAUACCUCAGUUGGAAAGGGAAUUCAAAGGUAUGCUUUGUAGAACAGAAAAGUACAGUUUUUUUUUCCAUGAACUUUAAUCAUUUUCUGUUUUUCCUCUAUGUGAGUCAGCUACAAAAGUGGUCUAAUUUUUACAACAGUAGAACUUCCUCCUUUUCUACUCUAAUCUUCCCACUGACUUUACUGCACAGGUAUGAAAUACUAGUGUAUUGGAUCUUCAGUAACCUUUUUAUUUCCUAGAUGAUUGAAAUAUAGGUAUUUACUCCAUUUAAACCAGGUGAUAAGAUGAUGUAAAUACUCAGGGAGGGUAUUAACUUGUUACUUUUGCUCGUUUGGGGUGUAAAGUGCCAUGACUGAAUAAUCUUCAAUUCAUGAUUCUAGAGUAAGUUUAAUUUGGAAAAGGGGGCUUCACACAUGGUGGUGGUUGAACAUUGAUUCUUUUAUACUUAAAAAGAUGAAAAUGUUUUGUGAACUGAUACAUUUUAUCUUACUGAAUAUGAAUUGUUUAUGUAUCUCUACUGUCAAAUAGCCUUUUUGAAACUCAGGAAAGACAAAGGUUCAAUUACACCACUUUUGUCAAUAAGCAAACCAGGUAUUUUUUUUUUCCUGUUGUCUGGAUAUGGCAAUAGAUUUUUUAAAUUGCUGUGAGAACCCAUAUAUGAAAAGAGAGGAGUUGAAUUGUGUGUGCCUUUUAUGUCUUGAGAUUUAUAUGUGGAAAAGACGACAUCUACUUCAAACUGUAUUUUCUUUUUCGUUUUUUUUUUUUUUUUUGUGGGGUGGGAGGACGGGGUCUUGCUCUGUCGCCCAGGCUGGAGUGCAGUGGCGUGAUCUCAGCUGACUGCAACCUCCACCUCCCGGGUUCAAGGGAUUCUGCCUCAGCCUCCCGAGUAGCUGAGACCACAGGUGCGUGCCACCACACCCGGCUAAUUUUUUUGUAUUUUUAGUAGAGACGGGGUUUAGUAGAGACGGAUCACUCCUGACCACGUGAUCCGCCCGCCUCGGCCUCCCAAAGUGCUGGGAUUACAGGCGUGAGCCACCACCCCCGGCCUGUAUUUUCAGAGAGGAGAGCUUGGUGUUUAUGUGGUGCCAAGUGGUAAGAUAAUGUCUCUUCGAGGCUUCCUAUGGACUGCCUUUAUUUUAGUAAACUCAAGACACCAGUUAACCUCAACAGAGUUUUGGCCUUAUUAGAAUUUGUUGUGCAUCUUAUUGAAAGCCAGGUUUACAUCACCUCACCCCAUUAUUCUUUUUAGUUAAAUAAAUUUACCAUGCCAAGUAACCAGAAUGGAGCAAAUUGGUUGAUCUUUAAGGCAGUAGGUUUGACUAGCUAGCUAUCAUUAUUGUCACAUCUAAUGCUAGGCACCAGAAACCAUUUGAGCCAGUAGUGUGAAUGAAUAAUUCCAGAGACACUUUAGACAUUUUUUAAUGUUUUAUAUGAACAUUUUACAUUUGUGUGAUUGCCUUAGAUAUUAAAUUUUCCUAGUGCUGAAAGUUAUCAUAAAUAAAUUUUUUAAAAACAGCAACAUUCAUAACUUAUUUUAUAUAUUGUUCCAAAGAAAAGAAUUUGUUUUAGUGGUUUCAAAAUAACUGCACCUGAAUUUGUUUAUGUGCCUUAAGUUCUCUAGUGCUAUUUCAACUUUUUUUCAAUCUAAAUGAAGCUUACCUUAGAUAAGGUUCAUAUUUGUUUCCUAUAGAGUAAAUAAACUUCCCCUUCUUAAAUUGUGUAAUAAGCACCAACGUGUGGUUGCUUGGCAGAAUGAGAAUGUUAAGGGAGAUUGUUGGAUGUUUGGAGUUUCAUUAUAUUUUUUGUUUUUAUUUUUUGAUACCUAGGUGCUUUUUAAAAUAUUCAGACAAAUAUCUAUCUUACAUUGAUUAAACCCGUGUAAAUUCAUUUGCAGUAUCUACAUCGAAUGUCAAAAAAGUAUACUUAUUUUUGUUCCAUACUUAUGUACAAUUUUUUCCCUCUUCAGGCUUUUUCAUUUAACUUUCUUGAAAAAGCACUUACUUUCCCCUUCCCUAUCACCCCUCCCCCAAGGUUUCUUUAUUUAAAUUUUUAUUGAGAGUUGUUGGAGCUCUAAGACAAUACAAAUUUAGAGUUGAACAAAAGUAUAAUCUGCUUUACAACUAGUAUAGACCUAAGGUCAUUUGCUUUCAAUUAGAGGCUCCAGAGUCUUCAUAGUGGAAAGAAUGCUUUGUAUUUAAUUGUUCUUAGUUAAGUUGUAGCACGUGAAUACUUACUUACAUGUUUUGUUUAAAUAUACUUCUUGCAUAGUUUAAUUUUUUAAAAGUUGUAUCUAAUAAAAUGUCUUUUAACCAUUAUUACUUGACUAUAUGGUUGUAUUAAAUUUUGUUUACCAAAAA